GAUGGAUGGAUGAUUGAUUGAUUCACUUCAAGUCAAACAACUGCUGUGUAACCAAAAUUUUAUUUUAUGUAUUUAUUGUGCCUUUUUUAUUGUGCCACAGCAUGAGAGGAGAGAAAUUUCCAUUUAUGAGGGAUUAAAGUGCAACCACCACAAUUUUAAACAACCUGUCACCUAUCGGGCCCGGUGCUAUUUAACCAUUGUUAUUAGCCUUUCUUAUCUGAUAAAAUUGAAUAUAAAAGGAGGUACUAGUUUAACCAAGCGAGUAUGAGACCAGACCGUUGUUCAUGCAUGUUACCAUGAAUGCGUCAAGAAGCUUACGAGUGCGUCUGCCAGCAUUGGUGUUGGUGUUAGAAGUGGUCAUCCUGACUCUUUAUGCUGUCUUUGUCACUUAUGACGACAAUGCCAACGCCAAGCUGCAAAGCAACGAGACCAACCCGAUGGACAACAGCGUGUAUCGCGACUAUCCUUUCUUCGCUGACGUCCAAGUGAUGAUCUUCGUAGGCUUCGGCUGCCUGUUGGCCUUCUGCCGAUUCUACGGUUUCAGCGGAAUGGUUUUCAACUUUCUGACGGCCACCUUUGCAAUCCAGUGGGCGAUCGUCAUCCAAGGCUUCUUCCAGUUUUACCACGAAGGGAAAAUUCACCUUGGCGUUAUCAACCUGCUCUACGCGGAGUUUGCAUGCGCUGUGGUGCUUAUCUCCUUCGGGGCCGUGCUCGGGAAGACCAGCCCGGUGCAGCUCCUGGUGAUGGCUUUGCUGGAGAUCCCCGUGUUUGCCGUGACAGAGUGGGCCGUGUUGAAAUACAUCCGCAUAAACGAUGCCGGUGGCAGCAUUCUUAUUCACUUGUUUGCUUGCUACUUUGGUCUCGGCGUGACAUUUGUGCUGUAUCGGCCAGCCCUCAAUAACGGCCACUCCAAAGAAAUCACCAGCUACCAUUCGGACAUCCUCUCUGUCAUGGGAACCUUGUUCCUCUGGGUGUUCUGGCCCUCAUUCAACUCUGCUCUCACCUUAAAAGGUGACGAUCAACACAGAGCAAUCCUGCACACUUUUAUCGGCCUGAGCUCAUCCACUCUCACUGCAUUUGCACUUUCUACAGUGUUCAAUAAGAGAGGCAAGCUCACAAUGGCCGAUAUCCAGAAUGUGACUUUGGCAGGUGGCGUGACAGUUGGAGCGUCAGUGGACAUGAUGAUUUCUCCUUCGGCUGCCUACGCUUUGGGCAUCAUGGGCUGCACUGCUUGUUUUUUUGGAUACAAGUACCUCAGCCCCUUUUUAGCACGACACAUGAGGAUCCAGGACCAGUGCGGCAUUCACAAUCUGCACGGCCUCACUGGCCUCAUUUCAUCCACAGCUGCCAUCUGUGCCAUCCUGCUAGCCACUGAGGAAACCUACGGACCCAGCAUGUACCAGAUCUUUUCCCACCGUGCUCCGCCCGAGGGAGACCCAAAGCUGCUGGAGCUUCAGACGCUGAUCCCCGGGUUGAAGCCAGGCUUGGGGCGUACGGCGCAAGAGCAGGCUCUGUACCAAGUGGCGGCGAUCUUUUCCACCAUUGCAGUUUCCACUGUUGGCGGCGUGCUGACCGGUUUGGUCUUGAGGCUGCCAUGCAUGGCUUCCCCAUCUGAUGAGGACUGUUUUGAUGAUGAGGUGUUCUUUGAUAUGCCAUCAGAUUUUAAUAGAGUGGAAGAUAUCAAGAACUCUAUGAUGAUGCAAUGAUGGUGAUGUCCAUAAAAAUAAAUUAGCACCAUGAAAUCAAAGGUCUUUGCAGCCACACCAAUGCUUCACUGCCAUUCUGUUGGUAAAUAUGAGUCAUUUAUUGUGUGAUCUUUUGCGACAGUCGAUUUUAUGAUGUCAAUCAUUGUGACUGUUAUUUCAAUUGAUUUCAUACAUUUUUAAAGUAAAGGUGCAGACUUUUUUUUUCCAAACACGUCUACAUCAAACAAAAUAUUUUCGUUGCAUCAGUCAUCAUUUUUAUAUGUCAACGAUGUUGACUAAAACUAGGCAGAGGAGCAGUAUAGCACAUAUGUGCACACCGUUUGAAGAUUGCAUGACUAAUUUUUCACAGUAAUGUCACUUUGAUCAUCAGUAGCCUACUUCUUUUGAUGAAAAGUGGCUGCUUUUCAUCCGCUUCUGUAAGGUGGUUCCACCGUGUGUGAUAUUAAUGUACUGUAUGCUUUGCCACCCGACUUACAAACUAAAUUUGAAUGUUCAAAAAAUGACAACCUGUACUAUCACGCAAUUUAAGUCGUUGAUUGGUUUCAUAGUCCAACAAUCUGUAAGCUGUAAAUAAAAGCCUAAACACUGCUGAGUUUGAUUUGUCCAGAGAAUGAAUAUCCAACAUAUAAUAUAUUAGAGUAUUGCACAGUUGCCAGCAAAGCUGUCAGU